AUGCCUGGACCCUUCCCACCUGCUGCACCCACCACCCCGUCUCGUGCAGGGACCACUGCCUCCCUGCUGGGCAACAUACCGCUGGCCAUGCUCCUUGUGGGCGCGCGGGGGCCAGGGCGCGGGGGGACCACUGCCUCCCUGCUGGGCAACAUACCGCUGGCCAUGCUCCUUGUGGCGAGCGCCAAGCUCUUCACGCCAGCCCGCCCUUCACCGGAGCAAGCCUCUGCCCCGGGGCAGCGACGCAGGGUGCGGCCCGUGUCCUCUCCGGGCGCGGUCCCUCCCGGCGAAGACCCGCUGCCCACCCUCCGCACACCCCCGCCCCCGACCGACUGGCGGGAGGCCGUGGGGAGCGACGUGGUGGCGCACGCCUGGCACCUCCUCUGCGGCUCCAUCGUCCAGGAGUUCAUCUACGACGUGUGGUACUCGGCCGUCACGCCAGACUGCGAGUUCCCCGCCAAGAUCCGGGCCCUGCUGAACGACGCCUUUGGAAAGCUGGCCGCGCGCUCGCGGCGGGCCGACCUGCGUGCCGUGCUGAACGACCUGUCUGAGCUGCUCAUGGAGCAGAUUGACCUGUAUCGCGACACUCGGGAGUCCAUCCAGCUGGCCGCCCGGUGCGGCCUGGCCCUGAAGGACAUGCAGCCCGCCGCCCGCGAGCGCGCCUUCCAGAGGGAGAUGAAGGCGGAGAACAACCUGCACCCAGCCAUGCACAGCCCGCAGGGGCACUACCUGAUGCUGCGCGCCGUCUCCCGUGGGAUUGCGCGCCUGCUCCUGGACCCCAAGGACAUCCCCACCCGCUGCCCCAGCUUCACCGUGACCUCCGAACUGCUGGCGGCGGUGGUCCUGCGCCCGCUCAUGAUGUUCUGCCACCCCUACCACGUGAACAAGGGUCUCUACGUCCUGCUGUCCGCCACGCAGCCCGGGAAGAAGACGGCGUCCACCCCGCCCCGCGACGGCCAGACCCCCGUCCUCAAGGCGGCACUAUCGGCCCACUCCCGCGGCAACUGGGACUUUGAGCAGCGCCUCAUCGUGGAGAGCGGGCUGGCCGCGCAGCGUGCCCGUCGUGGCGCCGCGCUCCAGGCCGGGCCGGGGUCCCCCUUCCGCGGCAGGCUGCGGGCGCGGGUGGUGGUCGCGGACCUCAACGCGGCGGGGGGUAAGGACUAUGUCGUCUACCAGGUGCGCGUCGGCGACGACGUCGGCGAGUGGACGGUGGCGCGGCGUGAGUCCAACCCCGUGAGACGCAGCCUGUCUCUAACAACCCCCAUCCUCAACGUCAAGGACAUGCUGUCAGACGUCACCAAGUCUGCAGUCCAGGCAUCGACGGAUGCCGUCCUGGACAGCGCCAGCGUGUUCAAAGCAGGGCUCAAGAAAGGCAGGGCGCUGCCCAUCUUCCCCAGCUCCUCCAGCCUGACCUCCAGGGGGGCCAGCGGGGGUUCAUCCCUGAGCCACGCGGGGUGGAAGUCCUCUGACCCCAGCUUCGACGAGGCACACGGGGACCACACUGCCAUCCAGGCCGCAGACGCAGCGCUGCGCAGGGAGCGAGGCGUCUCCGCCCCGCUCUACGAGCUGGUGGACUGCGUGUUCCAGCUGGCCACCCGCGGCUUCUUCCGGCGCCAGGUCUUCGCCGUGGCGCGCCAGGUGCUGUCCCUCGUGGCCGGCACCACCAUCGACGAGUACCUGACCGCGCGCCUGCGCUCCCUGCGCUCCGAGCACACCAUCGGCCGGGCCAUCGCCGGCAUCCAGGCCGCGCUCUGGCCGGGGGGGGUGUGGUACCAGGCCACGCCGCAGUACCGCGCGGUGCAGGGAGGGUGGGUGGGAGCGGGAAUCGGGGUGCUGGGCGCUGGGGGUCCCGGGCCUCGCGCGCGGCCGCCCGCCGCGCGCGCCGACAGCUUCCUGACCCCGAACGGGCCCCCGCCGCUGGACGCUGAGGAGGUGCGGGAAGCCGUGGCGCAGCUGCUGCUCACGUGCGCGCCCGCCACCCUCGUCGGGCUGGUGGGCAAGUCUGCGUACACCAGUGGCAUGGAGGACGUGAUCGAGAUGAUGCAGAGCGAGACGCUGAUCCUGCAGCUAGGGUACGGCGCGCUGGAGAUCCUGGCUGUGCACCUCAUGCCCGAGCUGAAGCCCUUGUUCCUGAGCCUCAAGCAUGGCGGCCUGGGCAGGCCAGAUGCUGAUGAGGACGGGCCAGACAUGUAA